AAUAUAUAUAUAAAAUAUAUUUUGUUGCCGUUUUCUGGCUGGUGAAAUAGCCAUAGCAAUCCGCCAUCGUAAUAGCAAUAGUUUUUCCAGUGUUCAUUACAUAAAGUAUCAACGCCAAAUUUAAAUAUCUCUGUAUAUACGCAUGCCCACCAAGAAAAUCUUACGCAAAUGCGUUUUCAAAAAUAAUUAAGCGCCAGCCUCGAAAAUUGGCAAGAAAGUCGUUUGCAGUGCCUCAGUGACUUGGGAUUUCUCGGAUUUAAUGCGGAUUUAGUUCGAAUUUCGGAUAUUUGGAUACUCAGCCGCAGUGCAACCUCUAAAUCAAGUCCGCUCCCCGUUUUAGCCAUGUGCCGGCCAUAAACUGAAGACACGCUUCCUAAUUGAAAACAGAGCCAGCUAAAUGGACGCGUAGCAAGAGGCCAGAAGAGCGAGCGAGAGGGCGAGUGUGUGCGACAGAGAGAGAGCGAGAGAGCGAGUGCGAGACGAUCGUGAUUUGGAUUUUCAGCGUGAUAUCAAAACGGAGCGGACAGCAGUCGGUCGGGAAAAAAACAAAAAUCACGCCAAAAUGUCCAACACCACAAAAAUGGUUUACAGUUAUAGAAUUUUAUGGCUUUCCGGCGUUUUACUAGGUCCUAUUUUGCUGGCCGCCAUUGCGGUUCAAGGCCAAGAGCCAGCCAGUCCAGUAUUUCAAAAUCACAAGACGAAGGAAUGGACGAAUUUAGAUAAUAUAACAUUCUCAUUCGAUUGCAAGAGGCGUUCUGUGGGCUUCUAUGCCGACAUGGAGUACAAUUGCCAGAUCUUUCACAUGUGCGACGAGGAGGGCAAUCGGAUUCCCCAUCUGUGCGCCAAUGAGACGAGUUUUAACCAGGAGUACAGAAUCUGUGAUUGGGACUACAACUUUAACUGCACAGAGUCACCAAAAUGGUUCUACCUGAACGAACUGACCUAUGCCACAGAUCCGCCAGAUGAAGAUGACGAGGAUUACUGAACGAUUUGCACUUAAUUAAAUAUUUAUUGUGUCUCCAAAAGCAAACAAAGUAAUUAAAUUAAACGCUGAGUAAUUGUAACUGAAAGCAAGAAAGAAAAAAAGUGUGAAAACCAGUAAAAUUCCAUCCAAAUGAGAUAAACUAAUUUAAGCGCCUUUUUGACGAUUUUGUUGAGUUUCGUUUUGUACUUUUGUAUUGUAGUCUAAUUAAUUGAGUCGUGCGAGAGGAGUCGUGUUGUGUAUAUAGUGUAUAUAGAGAUGGUCCCCAGUUCCAUUUCCAUUCCAACUACAAAUCCAUUCUAUAACUAUAACUUUCCAUUCGAUAUGCCCGGAACAACCUCGGAUGGGUCCGCCACAUUAUUGUAUAAUUUACAAAUAAUCUUCGUAUUUGUAAGCAAUCUUAAACCGAAAUAAUAAAAACAAAUCAAAUUGCUACGCUAA